AUGCUCGUUUUGCUAAUUAUUUUAUUGUUGUCAAUAGACGUUGCACAUACUCUACAAUGCAUAACCAAUUGUUCAAUUGGAAACUUUCGUUUUGAUGAACCAAUUAGUAUUCCUGAUGGUCGAUGUCAACAACGUAAAUCAAAAUCGGACUGUACUAUGAGUUUAAAAUUUCUGUAUCAUCAGCACACGUAUAAUGCAGAAUUUGAUACUAUUGUACUACCAUCGGAUUUCAUUUACAUUUCCUCUGGAUCCUAUUUGUUUUAUACCAUCAGUUAUGAAUGUUCAAAACAAACUGAUUGUGUGUUGACAUAUGCACAAAAUAGAAUUAAUGAAAUGACUCGUCGCACCUACAAUGCAAAUCGUAUAUAUGGACAACUAGCACCUUUUAUACAAAAUUCUACAAGACAGGGAUCGAUUCAGUGUUACAAUACCAGAAAUCAGAUUAUUGAAUGUUCACCUUCAGAAAGUUGCUCUCUAGAUUAUGAUCAACGAGCAAAGAAGGUCAGAUCUCGUGGUUGUUCAUCUGAUAAAGAUCCUACUGUUUCUAUGUACGAUGGCAAAUCAUAUUCAUCUUUUGAUGUUUCAUGUAAUCGCAAUUUAUGCAAUGAUGAUGCAACAUUUGAACAAAUCAAAACUAUUUUUGUUAAUAAUGGUUUAACCGAUGAUAAUGGACGACGAAUUGCUGCAGGAACAAAAGAGAUGGCUUCGAUUUUUUUAAUUCUAUUACCUUUCAUUUCUAUCAUUGUUUCUUAUUUUUAA